UUUUUAAUUUCUUAAAUGUAUAAAAUCCUCUGAAAUCUUAGACUUCCAUCUUUGAGUGAAAAGAAACGUUGAGAUUUCUUCAUAUGAUGCAAUGGAGCCUGAUAAAACGAUGAACAUCACUGAGUUUACAAAACUCAGCCCUUCCUCUCCGUCCCCUUCCCACCUCUCUCUCCCCCUCACCUUCUUCGACACCCUCUGGUUUAAAUUCCCACCCACGGAACGCGUUUUUCUUUAUCAACUCCCUGACUUAACUCCUGCAUCAUUCUAUUCAGAUAUCCUCCCCAGAUUGAAACGCUCCCUCUCCGCCGCUCUCGCACACUACUUCCCCCUUGCCGGCAAUCUCAAGUGGGAUGGAAGUGAUCCAGUGCCAAUCAUCGCGUACGCUACAGGCGACGCCGUUUCUCUCACCGUCGCUGAGUCCACUGCAGACUUGGCUAAUUUCUGUGCCUCUGAGGUUCAUGAAGUCACCGAGUUGCACAGUUUAUUACCCAAUUUGCCGGUAGGCGAUCGCACAUCGUCCAUUAUUUCGUUGCAAAUAACGCUGUUUCCCGGUCAAGGAUUUAGCAUUGGAUUUAGUACACAUCAUGCAGUUCUUGAUGGCCAUACCAUAACGAGUUUUAUUAAAGCAUGGGCUUACAUGAGCAAGCAAGAUCAAGAAAACGUUUCGUUUCCAGCAGAUCUAAUUCCCUCCUUUGACCGGAGUGCUAUCGAGGACCCAGCCGGGCUCAUAACAGAGUUUCUGAACAUGUGGAUAGCUUUGGGUGGGGGAGAUUCAGAUUCCAGCAAAAGAAACCUGAAAACAUUGCCGGUUCAAAAAAUUGAUUCUAAACUUGUUCGAGCGACAUUCAGAUUGUCUCGUGAAGAUCUCAAGAAACUAAAAGAAAGGGUACUGCUCCAAAACGAUCAUGUAAAGAAGCCACUUCACUUGUCAACCUUCGUUGUCACAUAUGCUUAUGUGUUCACUUGCAUGGUUAAAGCUAGAGGAGGAGAUAGUAACAGACCCAUAUGCUUUGGAUUCGCAGCUGAUUACAGAACCCGCUUAGACCCUCCACUACCAUCAAACUAUUUCGGCAAUUGCGUUGUACCACAGAUAGGUCUUGGUUACGCUCGAGAUUUAAUGGGGAAGGAUGGGUUCGUCACAGCUGUCAAGAACUUAAGUGAUUUGCUUUCAGGUUUAGAUAUUGAAGCUCCUAAAAGAGUACCGGCUUUACUGUCAAAAGUGAUGAGCUUAGGACAAGGAACGCAGGGGGGUUCUGUUGCCGGGUCAAACCGAUUUGGGGAGUACGGUAUAGAUUUCGGGUGGGGAAGGCCUAAGAAGGUAGAGAUUGCUUCUAUAGACGGGACCGGAGCUUUUUCUUUGAUGGAAAGUAGAGAUGGAAAUGGAGGAGUUGAGAUUGGCGUGUCCAUGAGGACGAGGGAGGAAAUGGAGAAUUUUGCUGCCCUAUUUUCCACCGAGCUGUAGGACGCUCUGCAAUGCUGGACAAACUUUCAUUUUCUGGGGGAGAUACAUCAUUCUUUUGAGAAAUUGGAAGAGUUAUUAGGAUCUCUCAAUUAUGUUUGUAAUUUUUAUAAUUUCAGGAAGCCGUUGAACUAAAUCAAUUGCACACCUCAAUUUAUAUGCGCUUUUAAAA